AUGGAAGAGGAAGAUGAAAAAGAUAUAGAUAGAGAGAAGGUAAAAAGGGCGAUAAGAAAAAUGAAAGAGAGAAAGGCAAGUGGAAUUGAUGGGAUACCAGAAGAGAUAUGGAAAUAUGGAGAAGAGGAUAUAGAAAGAUGGGUAAAGGAGUUCUAUAAUCCGGAGACACUUAAUGAAGAGCUGGAAGAAAAGAAGAUAAUAUCACACAACCAAACAGGCUUUAGAAAAGAUAUGGUUUCCAUAGACAACAUUUACGUCAUAAACUAUCUAAUGAACAGACAAAUAGAGAAAAAAGAAGGUAAAAUGGUCGCAGAUUUAAAGGCCGCAUUUGACUCGGUAGACAGGGAAGUGUUAACAAGAACAAUGAAGGAACGAGGGGUGAGGGAAAGGAUUGUGAGGAGAGUGGAACAAGUAUUAAGGGAGACCAAAUCGGACUUGGAGAAAGAGAUGGGAAAAGUAAAAUGGGGGGGAGUGAGAUUAGGGGGAGAAAAGAUAUGUACGUUGGCUUAUGCGGAUGAUAUGGUAAUAUUAGCGGAAGAGAAGGAGGGAAUGAAAAGCAUGAUAGACAGACUAGAAGGAUACUUAGAUAAGAAAAAGGUAGAACUAAACGCGGACAAAACAAAUAUG